AUGUCUAAAGAGCACUGCCUCUAUUACACCACCCCGUGUGAAACCUUCCCAGGCAGCCUGCCACUUGGCAACGGCCGUCUCGCGGCCAAUGUCCUCUCCUCUGCCUCACACGAGACCUUCGUCCUCAAUGAAGUUACUUUCUGGUCUGGCGCGCCACACACUGCAGGAUCUGGUCUUGCUCGAGUCGCUGAUCCAAAGGCCGAGUUGCGGCAGACACAGCGCUGUUUGCUAGCAGGCGACUACGCGGAAGGGAAGAGAAGGUCGGAGAAAUAUCUCGAGAGCACAAAGCAGAAUUUUGGUACCAACUUGGUCGUGGGGAGGCUCAACGUUGUGAAUGGCGGCGUUGAUAACCAAGGCGUGAGCGGCUUUGAGAGAGAGCUGCGAUUCGAGGAGGCUCUGGCGGAGGUGCGGUAUGAUCAAAAUGGAUAUCUGGUGAGGAGGAGGAGCUUCAUGAGCUAUCCUCAUCAGGUGCUUGUGGUGAGCUUCGAGAGCGACCAUCCAGACGGCAUCAAUCUCGAGGUCAGUUUUCAGGGCGACAAUAAAACAUUUGCGGCUUGGAGCAAGGAUGGGAGGAUCGAAUUCGAUGCACAGGCCCUCGAGACCGUGCACAGUGACGGAAUCUGUGGCGUCAAGGGUCACGGUGUUGUUGGUGUCCACUCCGAUAGCCAAGAAGUCGAGAGCAAAGAGGGCAAGAUUAUUGUACAGGGAAAGAAGAGAGCCACGGUUUUGCUCGCCUUCACAACGAACUACCAACAAAGCGGCGAUGGUUGGAGAGAGCAAGCGUCUCGGCAGAUCGAGGAGGCCGCGAGACUGUCUGUUGUGGAUCUCCUCGCAGCACACCUAGCGGACUAUCAGCCCCUCUACAAUCGGAUGAGCAUCACCCUCGGUUCCAGUUCAGGCUUGGAGACUGCGAGUCUGCCUACGGACCAGCGCCGGCAGAAAUUCGAGCCCUCCAACUACGCAGACGUCGGCAUGUUCGCGCUCUACUUCCAUUACGCACGCUACCUCACCAUCGCUGGUACACGCGCCACCUCUCCUUUACCGAUGCACUUGCAGGGUCUGUGGAACGAUGAAACGGCAUGCCAGAUGGGGUGGAGCUGCGACUACCAUAUUGAUAUCAACACCCAGAUGAACUUCUAUCCCGUGCUCCCCAGCGCGCUGUCCGAUCUCAUGCAACCCCUCAUCUCCUAUCUCAACCAACUCGUCGCUGCUGGCAAAGAUGCCGCCCGCACCUGCUAUGGCUGCGAUGGCUGGGUUGCCCAUGUCUUCAGUAACGUUUGGGGAUUCGCGGAUCCUGGCUGGGAGAUAUCGUACGGCCUCAACGUGACGGGUGGGCUGUGGAUGGCGACCCACCUCAUAGAGAUGUACGAAUAUACCCUGGACGAGACACUCCUGGCAGAAACUGUCUACCCGGUGUUGAAAGGUGCGGCAGAGUUCUUCCUGGAGUACAUGAUCGAGGACCCGGAAACGGGUUGGCUUCUCACGGGUCCGGCUAUCAGCCCCGAGAACAGCUUCUUUGUGGUCGGCAAAGAUGGUAACAAGGAAGAGCAUUCAGUCUGCCUCUCUCCCACCAUGGAUGUCGAGCUUCUGCGCGACCUCUUCCACUUCUGUGUGCACGCUACGAAGCGCCUCAGCGCAGACUCCGCUUUCGCUCAGCGGGUUCAGGCUGCGCAGGCAAAGCUGCCACCGUUCCAGAUCGGCAAGCACGGGCAGCUACAAGAGUGGCUGCACGACUUCGAAGAGGCGCAGCCGUAUCACCGCCAUCUCUCGCACGCCAUGGGGCUCUGCCGGUCGGCGCAGAUAUCUCAACGGCACACCCCACGCCUGGCCGAAGCUGUUAGCGUGACACUCGAGCGGAGGCAGGGUCGCGACGAUCUCGAGGACAUCGAGUUCACAGCGGCCCUAUUUGGCCUAAACUACGCGCGCCUGGGUGAGGCGGAGAAGGCAAAUGCGCAGAUCGUCCACCUGGUUGGUGAGCUAAGCUUUGACAACCUGCUCAGCUACAGCAAGCCUGGCGUGGCGGGCGCGGAGAAGGACAUCUUCGUAGUGGAUGGGAAUUUUGGGGGUGCGGCGGUUAUUGCGGAGAUGCUGGCGCGCUCACUGAUGCCAGACUUAGGGGGGCCGGUGGAGGUUGACUUGCUUCCGGCACUGCCCAAGACCUGGUCGGAAGGGACGGUGAAAGGCAUGCGGCUUAGAGGUAAUCUGGAGCUUGACAUGGAGUGGUCUGAUGGGGAGCUGGACAGGGCGAGUUUCAAGGCAUUCUCGCAUGGGUCUAUGAAGGUAUACUACCGUGGGCGGUCCCUCAGGAUACCAUAUGAGGCGGACGGUGUUAUUGAGUUUGGCUCUAAUCUGCAGGUUAAUUAG